CCCGCUUUCUCACAGUGAUUCUGGAUCCAUGUCAUUAGUUGUGCCAUUAACUUGAUGAAAAUUUUCAGAUGACAUGGUGAUAUGAAUGCAAAAUAAUUUUCUUUUUUAUUUAUAAGCAAACCUGGAGGAUUGUUUGUUUAUCUGACUUUCUAUUCAGAAAAUAACAAAGAAAAUGGGGGAAGGCGGAGGGCCAGGUGCUUCAAGGGAGCUUGAUCAGACACCGACAUGGGCCGUCGCCCUUGUUUGUUCUGUCAUUGUUUUGAUUUCUAUCAUACUGGAACAACUUAUUCACUUGCUUGGAAAGGUUUUUCAAAAGAGACGCAAGGUUGCUCUAUUUGAAGCUCUAGAGAAAAUUAAAGAUGAGCUUAUGCUUUUAGGUUUCAUCUCAUUACUCCUGUCAUUCGGGCAAAAUUACAUUGCCAAAAUCUGCAUUCCCACAGCAGUUGCAGAUACAAUGUUACCAUGUCCUAAAGGAGGUGAAGACCGCUUGAAAAAAGUAAUCCAUGAAUAUGAUCAGAAUCGUCGCAGGCUCUUAUGGAAUGAGCGUAGAUCCUUAGGUGGUGCUGAAUCCGGCGAAUUAGGCUGCACACCAGGGCUCGUGCCGCUUAUAUCUAUCAAUGGACUACAUCAAUUGCACAUUUUCAUCUUCUUCUUGGCAGCGUUUCAUGUGAUGUACAGUGCAAUAACAAUGAUGCUUGGAAGAGCGAAGAUUCGAAAAUGGAAGCAAUGGGAACAAGAAACUCACACUGAAUAUGAUCAUUUGAAUGAUCCUACAAGAUUUAGGCUCACUCACGAGACAUCAUUUGUGAGAAGCCACACCAAUUACUGGAUGCAAACAGCAGUUUCUUUUUAUGUGGUAUGCUUCUUUCGACAAUUCUUCAUGUCUGUUCGCAGAUUCGACUACUUGACUAUGAGACAUGGAUUUAUCACUGUUCAUUUAGCGCCUGGAAGUAAAUUUGACUUCCAAAAAUAUAUUAAAAGAUCAUUAGAAGAUGACUUCAAGGUAGUCGUAGGAAUCAGUCCAGUAUUAUGGGCUUCUACAUUUAUCUUUCUGCUUCUUAACGUUCAUGGGUGGACCAUAGUUAUGCAACUUUUCUCUGUAAUUCCUCUCAUUGUAAUCUUAUCUAUUGGAGCAAAGCUUCAAGGAAUUAUAUCGCAGAUGGCAUUUGAGAUCAAAGAAAGACAUGCUGUUAUUCAAGGGAUACCUUUGGUGCAAGUCUCUGACAGCUAUUUUUGGUUUCAUCGACCUCAGUUAAUCCUUGAUCUCAUCCAUUUUGUCCUGUUUAUGAAUGCAUUCGAAAUAACAUAUUUCUUAUGGAUAUGGUAUGAGUUCGGAUUAAAAUCUUGUUUUCAUGACGAUUUUUUGCUUGCAAUCAUAAGAGUUGUUCUCGGGGUAGCAAUACAAUUUUUGUGCAGUUACAGCACCCUUCCUCUUUAUGCUCUUGUUACUCAGAUGGGAUCAAACAUGAAGAGAUCAAUAUUUGAUGACCAAACUUCCAAGGCUCUAAAGCAGUGGCACAAAAAGGCCUUGAAGAAAAAUGAGGCCAAAUCCCCAGUUAAGAAAAAAUUGUUUGGACAUGGAAACUCCAGUCCAAUUGCUAUGCAACCCUUACCUUCACAUGCCAAUCACAGGACGGGAGUAAACCCUGAUCAGAAUCCAAACAUUGGCAUGGAUAAUAAUGGAGAUCAACAUCAACAUCAACAUCAACACCACCACCACCACCAUGACACAUGGCCUCCAUCCCAGCAGCCUCCUGAUCUUUUAAGUUGACCAUUGUCGUAGUUAGUCAUCAACAUGUUAAAAUAUUCAUGCAAAAAUUUCAGAAUCCCAAGCACUCUUGCAGUGUCACAGUAUCUCUAGACCAUUCUGGCCAACAAUUCAGCACAAUCAACUUCAUGGAGGUUAAAAGAUCCACAGUUUAUGUAAUAUAAUUUGGACAGUUUUUUUUUUUUUUUUCUUUUUUACAGAAUUACAUGU